AUGGCGUCCUUGUCGCUGGUGUCUGGAGAUAAGCAGAAGAAGGCAAGAAAGAGAGACAAGAAGCGCAGUGUUGCUGGUGUGUUGGCCUUGGUGUUUGUGGGAUGGUUCUUCUUGCAGUGGUUCUUGGUAGGAACCGUGGACCAACAACAGAAAAGAAACAAGGUUCCAGAUACUCCCCGAGACUUGAAGGCAGAAACUACUAGUACGAGUACGAGAAAGGUUCCAUCCAGUGCAGACGACACUACAGACUUCCACAUUGUCUUUUCGACGGAUUGCAGUGGGUACCAACAUUGGCAGGGCAUUCUCUUGUACUAUUCGGCCGUACGAGUCUCUCAACCAGGCACCAUUACACGAAUUGCGUCGGGCUGUACUCCCGAACAGCAACAAGCCAUAGCUGCCGAAUGGAGCCGUUUGGAUCCCACCGGCAAACGCUUUCAAGUCCACUUUGCUCCUUCCACGGCACUCGAACAUGAAAAGUACAAAUAUUCCAACAAACCGGGUGGCAUCUUGCACUGGUUGCAACAUCACAGCAAACUCGAUCGAAAUGCCGUGGUGUGCCUCUUGGAUCCCGACAUGAUUCUAUUGAAACCUCUGACGGCGCAAUUGGUGGAUCCCUCCUGGAAGACACGAGCCCACGGACGAAAUCAAGUGGAAUACUUCAAUCCCACUACGGGCAUGGCGCAGCUGUUGCGCGUCAAAUCACUUGCAAACGACGACAAUAUGCCCGCCCGUGUCACGACGGGAUUUCCGGCGGGACAACAUUUUGGAAUUGGGGGAGCCUGGGUGCAAGGAGAGAGUCCUUCGGCCAAACCCGCUUGGAAAAACUUUUCCAAAGCGUACGUCUGUGGCAACGGCCGGGUGUGUACUACAACGUCGUCCGCGGAAGCAUCGCAGCGCUACGCUGUCGGACCCGUCUACAUGGCCACCGUAGCCGAUUGGGAACCCAUUGCGGCGACGUGGUGGGAGUUUGUUCCGCGGGUCCACGAACAAUAUCCCUUUUUGUUGGCCGAAAUGUACAGUCUGACCAUGGCCGUGGCCAAUCUACAAAUCCCAUUUUCACUCUUUUCCAGUUACAUGGUCACGGGAGCCGAUGUCGGUUCGCCCACAGAAGCAUGGUCGUGGAUUGAUGACAUUUUCGCCAAGAAUAAUAAUAAGGAUCCCCUCCAAGUAGUCUGUCCUGAUAUUGUUGACAAAGAUCAACCACCACCACUACCACUACCCACAGCCAACAACAUGCCUCUACCCAAAACACUUCAUUAUUGCCAACGCUACAAGAUGGACUUUGACGACAACAGUAACAACAACAAGCAGUCGUUUUUGUUUUCCAAACGCAAAAUGCCUCACACUGUCUUUUCCUGUGACAACAAUGAUGCACCCGUACCAUUUGAUAUGCAAGAGUUGAUUCGACUCGCCAAAGACAAGCAACAACAAUCAUCGGAAUGGACCACCAUAGAAAAGAGGACCUUGUUUGCCUUUUGUCAGUUGGUGCCCCUACUGGACUGGGCGAGAAAGAUGUACCGAGAGCAAGUGUGUGUGUGA